AUGUUCGACUUUUACACACACCUGCACAGCAAGGCUCACCGCAAGACUUUGGAUCCGUACUUCCGCCCGUGGGCUGCGGCUCCCACUAAAGCCAAGACCGACCCCAUGGUGGAGAGGCUCACCAAGCCGGCUAAAGAAUUAGCAGACGCAGGGUCAGAGUUCAUGAUUCCGGUCAGAGGAUUCUACUGCCUCCUGUGCAAAGAGUUUUACGGAGACGCAAUCUGUGCCGAAGAUCAUGUGACCAAGCAUGCGCACAACGAGAAGUACAAGAAAGCUCUUCUGGUGAACCCCAUGUAUGAGCAGCGGCGUAACCUGGACCGGCAGGCCGGCAUGAAGCGCAAACCAGAUGAGCCCAAGAUCAUGCCUCCUAAGGUGGAGCCCGAGCCAAAGUCAGAGCUAAAAGUGAAGAAGAAGUUUGUGGAGCUGGAGGACCUCAGCCCGCCACGCCCCCUGGAGCCCCCACGGCCUCUGGAGAAACCCAAACUCGACCUUCCCAAACUGGAGGUGACCAUCGACAUGAGGCCUCCUCCUGCAGAGCCGCCCAAGCUUCCAAAGCUGGAGAUCAAAGUGGAGAACAAGCCCAUGAAGCCCUUGGAGAAACCAGUGUUCAAAGACGAAGACGAGAAGGUCCCCAAACCCAAGAAGGACAAGGACAACAAGGACAAGGACGACAAGUACCAGAGCCGCAACUACAGCCGCGAGGAAGAGGACCGGCGAGAGCGCUACCGCCGCUAUGACGUGUACAAAAAGAGCCGGCGUCAUGACGACCGCUAUGACGACCGCUACGACGACCGCUACGAAGACCGCUACGAUGACCGCUACGAGAAGUCCUCAAAGUACUACAGGGACGAUGAUCGCAAAGGGAAGUACGAGACAAAGUCCAAAUACGACAAGAAAGACAAACCCGAGCCCAAGAAGGAGCCCGAGCAUCCUUCCCGACCGUACGACCCGCCCAAGGUUAUGUGUGGCCCAAGUCCGGCUAUGAGAGCCAAACUGAAGAAGCAGAGCCAGGACGCAGGCAAAGCAGGCUUGCCUGGAACGUCCCCAGCUGCCGCCGCCGCAGCUGCCACAUUCAACAAGUUCACGUGGAAGAGGAAGGAGAGCGUCCUGAUGAAGGAGGCUCAGAAAGUUGCCGCUGCGUUCAUCAAGGAGGACGAGGCAGCCACCCAGAAGGCCGGCCCAGAUGAGGACGCCUUCCAAAAGUCUAUGGCUGCCGCCAAAGAGAUUGCAGAGAAGCUGAGCCAGGCCCCUCCCGCCUGGGGCAAGAUCCGGCCGGGUCUGACCAAUCGGAAAGGGGCCAACGGAGUAAACACCCCCAACACCCCGUCAGGCACCGCCCCCAUUGCCAUGCCAACGCCCAGUUCUCUGACUUCUCCCACGAAUCAGGGGCAAGCCACACCGCCUGUGGUGGUGGCUAGCCCUGCAUUUCCUCCCCCCUCCUUUGCCCCGCCCUCUUUCCCUCCCCCGUCUUACCCCAACUUCCCGCCUCCUUCAAUGCCGCCCAUCAACCCGAGUAUCCCCCCUCCCCCGCUGAUAUUGCCUCCUCAGGGCUUCGUACCAACAACCGUCCCACCGACCGCCCCCCCGCCUGUCCCUCCCCCCGCCCCAGAGCCCAAGAGGGUGUACGUGAAGCCGGCACCAUUCAUGAACACAAGCCUUAGCUCUGGCCCCAAGACUGAGAAGUUCAGCACCAGCAUGGCGGCCGCCAAAGCCCAAGACCUGUUCGGGAUCCUGUUCAGCUCCAGCAGCAUGGGCCCCACGUCCACCAAUACCGCCAGGCCCAAGACCGUCUCCGUGACCAAGGUUGAGGCCAAACCAGAGCCCAAACCCAGUGCUGCCGCAGAUCCUGGCCCGCACAUCACCUCAGUUUAUUCCAUCAACCAGUCCCAAGAACCUGAAACUGAAGCUCCGAAGGCAGAGGACAAGCAGACACCUCCUCAGUCUGCUGUGGGGAAGGAGGCCGAGCCUGUCCCAAAGAGUGAGGAGCCCCAGAAGCAGGAGGCUGAGGUUGAAGAGGAACCUGAGCUCAAGGAUUUGGAUCAAACCCCUUCAGGACCCACCCGAGCCAAUGCAGACGAUCUGGCCAAAGAUUUGCCAAAACUGCAGGUGCCGCUGGUCCGGAUUGUCUCUGGGGCCCAAGCUGAGGCCCAAGCUGAGGCCCAAGCUGAGGCCCAAGCUGAGGCCCAAGCUGAGGCCCAAGCUGAGGCCCAAGCUGAGGCCCAAGCUGAGGCCCAAGCUGAGGCCCAAGCUGAGGCCCAAGCUGAGGCCCCUGCUGAGGCCCCUGCUGAGGCCCCUGCUGAGGCCCCUGCUGAGGCCCCUGCUGAGGCCCCUGCUGAGGCCCCUGCUGAGGCCCCUGCUGAGGCCCCUGCUGAGGCCCCUGCUGAGGCCCAAGCUGAGGCCCAAGCUGAGGCCCAAGCUGAGGCCCAAGCUGAGGCCCAAGCUGAAGCCCAAGCUGAGGCCCAAGCUGAGGCCCAAGCUGAAGCCCAAGCUGAACCCCAAGCUGAACCCCAAGCUGAACCCCUGGCUGAGGCCCAGUCAGAACCUGAGGAAAGCCCCAUCAAAGCCGACCUCGACAUCGAGCUGUCCCCUGAAACCAAACCACGCGGCAGAGGCAGAAGGCGGGGCGGCAGAGGCAGGCAGACCCGGUACCAGACCCGCCGCAAGCUGCCCGAGCCCGAGGAGGAACCAGAGAUCGAACUAGAGCCCGAGCCACAACCAGAGCCUGAACCAGAGCUUCAACCAGAACCUGAGCCUGAACCAGAGCCUGAACCAGAGCCUGAACCAGAGCCUGAGCCUGAGCCUGAACCAGAGCCUGAGCCUGAGCCUGAACCAGAGCCUGAACCAGAACCAGAGCCUGAACCACAGCGGCGCUACCAGAGGCGGCGAAGGCAGAAGUCUGAGGCAGAACCAGAGAUGGAGACCGCAACAACAGAACCUGAGCCAGAACCCGAGCCAGAGACUCGCAGCUCCCAGAGGAGACGGCGGCAGAAAAAGGAGCCCGAGCCCGAAACUGACCCAGAGCUACAGACUCGGUACCUGACUCGAAGACUGCAGCAGCAAGAGGCCACACCCGAGUCAGAGGGACAGCUUCCGUCUGACCAGGAGCCUCAGGCAGGACCAGGACCAGAACCUGAGCUUCACAGCCGGAACAAGAGACGGCGCCGGCAGCAGUCUGAGCCAGAGCCUGAGACCCAAUACCUGCAGCAGCCAGAGGUGGCGCUAUGUGAGGGUGGAGGAGAGGAGGUGGAGAUCCAGGAGGUGCUGAUCCAGGAGGAGCAGCUUCAGCAAGAGGUGCAGCUUCAGCAAGAGGUGCAGCUUCAGCAAGAGGUGCAGCUUCAGCAGGAGGUGCAGCUUCAGCAGGAGGUGCAGCUUCAGCAGGAGGUGCAACUUCAGCAGGAAGAGCAGCUUCAGCAGGAGGAGCAGCUUCAGCAGGAGGUGCAGCUUCAGCAGGAGGUGCAGCUUCAGCAGGAAGUGCAGCAGUUGGUGGUGGUGCAGAUGGGAGAGGUGCAGAUGGGGGAGGUGCAGGUAGAGGCCCCCAUGGUGGAGCUGACCCCAGAAACCCUUGGCCUCCCCGCGGACAUGACGGCCCUGGACUUUGACUAUGACUUCACUUUUGAAUGA